AUGCUUAUGUUUAAAGUAUUUCCUGUUUUUAGUGAUGCUGAUGUGGUGGAAUUCGCCUUAUGGGUCUUUUACGCUUCUAGUGUAUCAUUCAUCUUCGUAUUGGGUAUAUGGGCCCCAGGCCUUCCAAGCUACUUUGCUGUCUAUGAGUUUCUUCAGUCUAAUGGACAAAAUUCAUUGCGUACAAGAAAUGCUUGGGUCCAACGCAUCCGUAAAUUCAAGAUCGUGUCACCAUUUAUAUGGCCGAGACGUCACAAGACCAUACAGCUCAGAGUAUUUGCUUGCUUUUUAUUACUGAUUAUUGGGCGAAUCGUUAACGUAUAUUCACCAAUUUUGUACAAAGAUAUCGUGAAUAGUCUAUCUGAAGUUGACAAUUCCACUGGACGAUUAAAUUUUGAACAGAAUCUUAUCAUUAAACCGUCUCCGUAUAGGAUAUUUAAUGCUUUGUCUACUACAUAUAGUGGAUUGAUAUAUCGCUGGGACUAUGUUCUUUUAUUCGCUUUCUUACGGUUACUUCAAGGGUUGGGUGGUUUAGGUGCUGGUCUUAUAUCUGCUUUACGUUCUCAAUUAUGGAUAGCAGUUGAUCAGUUUUCAACAAGAGAAUUAAGUGUAAUGCUCUUUGAACAUAUUCAAAGACUUUCUUUAAAAUGGCAUUUAUCUAGAAAAACUGGUGAAGUAUUAAGAGUGAUGGAUCGUGGAACAGCUAGCAUUUCAAAUAUUCUAUCUUAUCUUGUAUUUAAUAUUUUACCAACUGUAUUAGAUAUCAUUAUUGGUGUAGUGUAUUUUAUUACAGCUUUCAAUAUUUGGUAUGGAUUAUUAGUGUUUAUCACUAUGCUUAUUUAUUUAGUUUCUACUGUGUUAAUUACUGAAUGGCGAGCGAAAUUUCGACGUGAAAUGAAUAAUUUAGACAAUCAGAAAAAUACUAAAGCUGUUGAUGCAGUAUUGAAUUUUGAAACUGUUAAAUAUUAUAACGCUGAACAAUUUGAAACAGAACGUUAUAAUCAAGCAUUUUUAGACUAUCAAAAAGCGGAUUGGUGGAAUGCAUUUACAUUAAAUCUUCUCAAUACAAUACAAAAUGUAGUGAUUAGUAUUGGAUUUAUGUUUGGCAUAUUGUUAUGUGCUCGAGAUGUUGUAAAUGGAAUAUUAACAGUUGGACAUUUUGUACUGUUUUGCACAUAUAUCAUCCAACUUUAUUCACCUUUAAGUAUUUUUGGAACAUAUUACAGAUUAUUACAAACAAGUUUUAUUGAUAUGGAAAAUAUGUUUGAAUUAUUAGAUCAAGAAGCAGAUGUUGCUGAUGCACCAAAUGCUCAAGCAUUAAUUGUUAAAGAAAGUGCUGUUGAAUUUAAUAAUGUUUGUUUCUCUUAUAAUCCAGAGCGUCCAAUUUUAAAAAAUGUAUCAUUUAAAAUACCGAAGGGUCAUACUGUUGCUUUGGUUGGUGAAUCCGGUAGUGGUAAAUCAACUAUAGUUCGACUUUUAUUUCGAUUCUAUGAUACUAAUGAAGGAGAGAUUUUAAUUGAUGGACAAAAUAUUAAAUCAGUUACUCAAGCAUCAUUACGUCAAUCGCUUGGAGUUGUACCACAAGAUACAGUUUUAUUUAAUGAUACAAUUUAUUAUAAUAUACGUUAUGGUCGUCAAUCAGCUAGUCAAAUCGAUAUUGAAGAAGUUGCCAUUGCUGCUGAUAUACAUCGAUGUAUUUUAGAUUUUCCAAAAGGCUAUGAAACAAUAGUCGGUGAACGUGGUUUAAAAUUAAGCGGUGGAGAGAAACAACGUGUAGCUAUUGCUCGAAAUCUUUUAAAAAAUCCAGCUAUUAUGAUUUUAGAUGAAGCUACAUCAGCAUUGGAUACAACAACAGAACGUAAUAUUCAAGCUAGUUUAAAUCGUAUAGCACAAAAUCGUACUACUCUAGUCGUUGCACAUCGUUUAUCAACAAUUGUCAAUGCAAAUGAAAUUUUAGUUCUACACGAAGGUGAAAUUGUUGAACGUGGUACACAUUCACAAUUAUUAUUAAAUCAGAAUAGUCGUUAUGCUGAAUUAUGGCGUCAACAAAGUGAAGUACACCAACAAGAACAACAUGAACAACAACAGUCAUCAACAAUCUCUUCAAAAUCAUCUUCAUUAUUAUUACCAGGCAUGAAUAAUGAACAAUCAGCUAAGGCAGCCAAUGAGACAACUAGAAUAAAUCAACCUGUCAAUGUGUAACAUUUCAAUUGAAAUAUUUACAUAGAAAAUAAAAUACAAAUUUUAGCAUAUUUUCAUUAAAAAUAAUAACUUUGACAACACUAUGGAAGGAAAAAAUCAUCCGUAUCGUGUGCGUGUGUGCGUGUAUGUGUGUUUGAGCGCGUGUGCAUGCGUUGACAGACUCCUAGAAAUACAGAAACACAGAUAAGUUAUGAUGACUGUUACAAUAAAUAGGAAAGCACACCUCAUAGUAUAGUAUAUCGUCUGCCUUUAUUUGCCAUGUUCCCUUUCGUUUUUUGUUGAUCGAUCUCGAUUUAUUCAAAACAAGCUUUAUCUAAACAGACAUAUAUAUACAUUUAUACAUAUAUACAUUGUAAGCGAAUACACAGAUACAACUAGUUACAUUAGUGUCAUUUCAAUAGGUAGUUUAACAAUUAUUGAC